AUGACCGGCGAUUUUCGUGCGGAACUCGCCAUUCGGCCAGCUCCGCUGAACAUCAACAGAAAACCUGCCAACGGCAUAAGCAGCCACAGCACAAACGGGAUGUCGAACGGUACCUCGACAAACGGAAUUUCGACAAACGGUACCCCGACAAACGGGGCCACCGGCGCGAUCCCUAUUGCCAACGGUGCCGCCAACCGCUUCCCAGGACACAAGCACGCUCGAUCCUCCUACUCAGACUCGCCGUUCAUCACCCGGAAUAACUCCUUCACCUUCCGUCCUGCCAAGCGCUCCAUGGCUACGCCAGCGAAGACUAUUGCUGUUGUCAAUGCAAGUGGCCGUCAGGCAGCCUCUCUGAUCCGCUAUGCAACCGCUGUUGGCUACCAUGUCCGCGCGCAGAUGCGGAAUCGGCUCGGCGUCGUUGCUACCGAGGUAGCAACGAAUGAGAAUGUGACCGUUUUUGAGGGCGAGCUUUACACCCGCCUUCCCCGAACCGACUCGCAAAAAGCAAAAGGCAGUCUCUCGGACCAUGUCGAUGUUACCCGCGCUGACUCAUCGCUUCCCGGCAUUGGUGUAAAUUACGACCUCAUCCACGACAUCUUUCGAGGUGCACAGCUCGCCUUCAUCAACACUACCUUUUACGGAGACGAGGUGAAGAUCGGCGAGGCUCUUGCUGAUGCCGCCAAGAAGGCCGGCAUUCAGCACUACGUCUAUUCGUCCAUGCCCGACCACCAAGCAUACAAUCCAGAGUGGCCAUCUUUGCCACUGUGGGCAACAAAGCACCAGGUGGAGGAGUACAUUCAAGAGAUCGGGCUGCCUGCUACCUUCGUGUAUACGGGCAUCUACAACAACAAUUUUACCUCCCUCAGCUACCCCCUGUUUUGCAUGCACUUGCGGUCAGACGGCUCUUUCCUGUGGGAAGCGCCUUUCCACCCGGACGCAAAGCUGCCUUGGCUAGACGCUGAGCACGAUGUUGGUCCUGCCAUCCUUCAGGUUUUCAAGGACGGCGUGACCAAGUGGGGUGGUGGCAAGCGCAUAGCUCUAGCUUACGAGAUGCUGUCCCCCCGUGAGGCCUGCCAGCUCUUCGCCCGCGGUGUCGGGCGCCCUGUUCGCUACAAGCGCCGGCCGAUCGAGCUGAAGGUUCCCAUCCCCGAUGGCUACAGGACCCAACUUAAGGCCCUUGAGCAGCUGUUCUUCUUUGGCGGCGAGGACCCAAAGAAGCAGCCACCUUACUUUGGUAGCCGGGAGCUCGAGGACGACGUGCCAAAGUUAGCUAUGGAGCUGUGGGAGGGUCCUAGGGGCAUCGAAGAGUAUGCCCGCGAGGUGUUUCCUCUUGAGGAACAGGCCAACGGGCUUACCUGGAUGUUUGACGAGGAAGAUGAUACUGAAGACAACGACCAUAAUGCCAUAGGUCCUGGCGGCAUUCCGCCUAGCAGUUUGGACACUAGCCAGAGCGUAGGAUAUGAUGGCGACAUCAACGACAACGACACCAACGACAACGAGGACGAUGAAGACGAGGACGGAUUAGUGAUGCGUGUCACCGCUCGGGAUGACGAAGAGUGGUUGCCAUAG